UCGUUUCCCUAACCCUAUAUACAGGAAGCCGGAUAAUACUUGCGGCGGCGGUCUCCAUCGCCUUCUCUAUCUUCUUCUUGCUUUAUCCUUACUGGCUUUAUACGAUUGUCGUGGCUUAUACUUUCUAUUCUUUUGCUUACCAUAGGAAUCAAGAUGUAAGGGCUAACGAAGAGAAUUGGCGCAGGAGCAGGUCUUCCCCUCUACUUAUUGUAUUAGAUAAUUGUGAAUUGUGAUUGUUGUUUUAGGGCUUUGAAUUCAAUUUUCUUUCAUUCUCCUUUUCUUUUAGUGAUUUGAUAGAUGGCUAGUUGUUCAUUCCGAUGUUUGGUAGACUUUUUUGCCUCUUCUAUCUUGUUUUUGCAUGUUGUUUGCUUCAUUGACAACAUUGGGGAAAAGGACAUUCUGGUUUGCAUUAUACUAUCUAGAAUUGAUAUGUAUCUGUAUGUUAAUAUUGUAUAGAAUAAUUAACUUCAUCAUUUUCUCUUUAUUGCUCUGGAAAAUUCCUAGUUGUAGUCAAUUGUGCUGUUACUGUGACCUAAUUGAAUGAAUAAGUAGCGUAUUAGACUAACUAAGAGAAUGAUCUAAAUGCUUGAUUCUGAUGUGCUGCUGAAUGGUUCUCAGUUCUACUUUGUUUUUCAAUUGUCCGAUUAUUUCAGUGGCAAACUCCACCUUUUGGGUUGCUCUCUUGAGGAAACUAAGAAGUCUAGCAGCUCCUGGUUUUUUUAAUCAUGAACUACUCAAUACGGUUGAGUAAUCAAUGAAAAUCUGAAGGUGAGUUACUGAAGCAUAUUUCAUUGAAAAUACAAAUUGGUUUACCUAAGUUGUUAAAUGAUCGUACUUUAUAGUCCUAAUUAAUUAGUAUUUGGUCAUCAACGGCUAAUUUUUGGAUAGAGUAAGAAAAUGUUUUGUUUAUAUGGGACAAGAGGAUUAGGCAGAGGAACCUAAAAGCUCCCUUUAUUUAUUGUGAUUGCUUUCUGUACACUAAUGCUAUAAUGCACCCACCUUGCAUACUAUAUGGUUUUAUAUAGUUCAUCAACUGAGUCGCGACUAAUCUUUUGGUUAUUGAUGCUACUUAGAUCAAGGACAUUUAGAAUUCAUGAACUUGGAAGAGAAGAAGAAGCUAGGCAAGUACUUUGACUAUUAGAUUUGCCGGUUAUUCUCAAGUCUCACCUUUUUGUUUGGUCUAGUAUGUUGCUCAAAUUUUUUUUAUAUUGUUAUUCAUGUAUAAUUCAAAGAAUAGGCACAAGUUAGUUGUUAUUGUUCUCACCCACUGCACAUGAUUAUAUUCUAUUAUUUAUAUUGCUGUUAUCAGAAAUUUUUAUUUAUUUCUUAAAAUAUUUAACUUUCAGGUACUUUUUUUCUUCAUUCCCAUGGCAAAAGGAGGAUUAGUGACUUCUGCUAUCUACAUAAUUGGACUGUAGAUGUUAUAUAUUAUCUUAUUAUCUUCAACUUUUUUUCCUUAGCGAUCCCUAUUUGUUCUAGAGUCAAGACUAAGGGAUGAUAUGCUUUCUCAAAAAGAGUAUUGAUUUGUUGUUGCCAUGACACAAGUUAAGGGACAAUUUUUUGUCUCCAAUUGUCACACAGGUGACCAUUUUUCGUCUCUAAAGAUAUUGUAUAAGAGACCACUUGAUCUCCUUGGAUAAAACUUGUGGGAAUGAUUUGUUGACUAUAAUCUAACAUUUAUGAUGACAAAUAUAUCGACCAUAUAAAAAGAAAAGGGGACAAUAUAUUAUCCCUAAAUAGUUACAAUAUUAUCAUGAAAUGAAUAAAGGGACCAAAUAUUGUAUCUAAAAAUAGUGAUUAGGGGAUGACUCAUUGUUACCAAAGUCAUGCCUACAGGGACGACACAUUGUCUUUAAUAAAAAGAAACGGAAGACAACUCGUUGGAAUCAGGGACGACUGUCGUCCCUAGUAUUGGGGACGACCUAGAUUUUUGUCGUCCCCAAAAGAAUAGAGGACAAGCGUAUAGGGAACCACACAUGUACAUUAGGGAUGACUUAGUCGUCCCCAAAAACUAUGGAGACGAUUUGGGCUAUUUCCGGGGACGACUUCUGUCGUUCCCAAUCCUUCUCUUUUUUGCUUAAUUAAGCUCUAGUAAUGGUCAUCAAUCCCAAGUCAUCUACCCUACUAAAGGCCUUCGACAGGGGGCCUGAUAUCACUAUACUUGUUUCUUCUAUGUGUUGAAUGACUUUCCAUUUUAAUAGGGGUGGUAAACGGUCGGUAAAUGAUUAAACCGGUUACCGAUUGACCGGUUUUUGGUACACCGGAUAGCUGAGCAGUCCCACCGUUUUUCGAUACCGUAUUGGCGUCGGUAUACCGAUUACCGAAUCCUUUCGGUGGCGGUUUUAUUUCGGUACCCCGAUUACCAAAUGUGAAUAACCUGGGCACUGGGGACAGCCGGACAGGUGAAUGGUAAUGAUGACAAAUGGUGGGGAAUUGAGUGGGAACCCGAUUAUUAACUUAAUAUCCAAUGGUCAAUGGAUUAAUGGAACUAUGGAAGUCACCAGAUGAUGAAAAAAAUUGUCUUCUUCUUCACAACAACACGUCCAGGUCCAGGUUAAGUUGUUCCAUUCAAAACUUGAAAAUAGCUUCUGCGGCGGGGGAAGCUGCACGCACCGGCAGUGUAAUUAAAUUAAACAAACAAAGUAGAAAACCAACAAACAGCAAUAGCUGCUGCAGCGAGGGAACAUGACAACAAACCUGAAACUGACGGAGAGUGCACCGUCAACGGAAACUGAUGGGGAUGCCGCACCGGUGUUGGCGAUGUGGUCGAGCACUAGGGUCGACGGAGAGGACUCUGCGCGGGUUCGAUAGAGAGGUUGCGGUGCUGAAGUGGGCUGCUAUGUUGCGGUUCGUCCAUCUGAGUGCACCGGUGUCUCGAUUGGGGUUCCAAUCGGGCGGCGGGAUUCGUGAUCGUGAGGGUUGGCGGCUGGGUUAGGCAGGCAGAGAGCAAGACUGUGAGAGAUGGGAGGGGAAUUAUUAAUCUGUAAUUACUAAUUCAUUUUCCUAAUAGAGAACCAAUUGCAAGUUUGUAAAUGAGAGAAUACUAUUGUCGCACUGCGUCCUGCAAUUCCGGUAUCGGAAAACCAGCUUUCCGUCGGUUAGCUACUUCCUGGUGUCGGUAUACCGCCGUCCCAAAUUCCCAUUCCGACAACCGUUACCACCCGAUUAACGGUUUAACUGGUAAUUGCAGUUACCGGUACGGUUACCGGUUAAACCGUUAACAGGGAAACCGAAUCACAGCCCUACAUUUUAAUAAGGAAAGCAGUAAAAGAAGGGAGAUUAAGAGGAAUUAAAAUGAGUAAAGAUGGUUCUAUGAUAACUCAAAUAAUAAUAUAUUUUUCUUUGAAAACAUGGAGCAACAAGGAAAGACACUAAAAUACAUCCUUAAAUAGUAUGAGCAAGAGUCAGGUCAACAGGUGAGUCUGACCAAAAUGGAGUAUGUUUUACAACACGAAAAAUACUUAUGGAUGCCUACAGUUAUUAACUUAUCCAAGAGGACAAUUUUUAACUAGUUAAUUGACAAAGUUAGAAAGAAAAUAAAAUUUUGGAAGCGCAAAACCAUGUCUAAUGCAACAAAAGGAGUUAUGAUCAACGCAAUUGCUCGAGCACAAGGAAAAUAUUAGAAAGCUUAAUAGCAUGACUAUGGUGGCGAAAGAAAGGGAAUAAAGAAAAUUUUAGGGUAAUGUUUAAUUUUUAUCAAAAUCUUUUUUAAUUCUUGUAUAUUAUUCAAACUUAUUAAAAUUUUAUUAAUUAUCUAAAUCUUUCAUAAUGUAUCAAAAUAUUAGCCAUUUUUACGUUAUCGUUAAUAAUUUUGUAACUCUUUUCUUAGUUAAAAGACUAAAAUUUUGGAAUGUUAACCUUCAUGAGUCUCUUUCAAGUCAGUAUCAUGUUGUCAAUUCAAUAUUGCUAACAAAAUUGCUAACAGGUUGGGCCGUCAAAGGAAGAAUCAAAAGAACAUUUAAUAUGCUCUCUAUUUGUAUGCAUGCAAGUUGUGAUCCAUGAUGACUAACUUAGUUAUUGUUGAUUAGCUUAGUUGAUAUAUGGUAAAAGGAGUUGAAUGACAAGCAUUUUAAUUGGGUUCAAGUGUUGGUAUUCACACCAAUGUCAGCUUGAGCCUUACUCAGCAGGUUUAGUACAUUCUUGAAAUUGCAUGUCUAUGUGGUGGACAGGGGAGUUGAAGGACGAUUAUACAACGCAAAUAUACCAAUCAUCAAUGAUCAACCGAUUCAGGUCAAUUCCGAAGGAUGUGAACAUGCUCUGUACGUGAGCUCUUUUACUUAGACAAACUGUGUCAAUCUUGCUGGAAGACAUGGAAGCUUAUGAGAAGGAUGAGACAAGAGAUGAAGGAACGAUUGACAUGUACAAAGCAUCUUGCGAGGAUGCUCUCUCAGCUACGGUGUAGAAUGAAGGAAAAGCAUAGGAGAUGACGACAAUAACAGCGGCUUUGGUGUCCUUCGACUGCUAAGAUAGAUUUUGUGUGUUUUUCAUGUUUUUAAAUUAAUGUAUUCAUGUAUU